CGGCGAUGGCUGAGGAGUGGGCGCAGAGGGGGGAGCGCGGGAGGGGACCUCCGGGAGAAGGCCGACUUCCUCGGUACGUCGCGGCCAUCUAGCCAUCCUCUCUAGAAGUUGGGAGCGGCCGGGGAGGGUGGGGGGGAAGGAUGUUAGGGGAGAGAGCGAGAAGCUACGAGCGCCCGGGCCGUUGGUAGUGAUGGGGAAACCGAGGUUGAUUUAAAAACAAUGAAAUUCACUUGUUCCUGUCAAGACAAAGAACUCUGAACAUCAGUUAAAAUGGCUUACUCAGAUUUAACAUCCCACAGUUUGAAGGCAUGAGUAUUAAUGAAGACUCACGGACUUAUGACACGUGGAAAUGUAUAUACAAAAAAGGAACUUUACAAGGUUUUUAAAAUAGAAAAUAACUGUCAUCAUUAUGGGUGUACUCUGCUCUGUUAUUAGAUUUGAAAAUCUACAUGAGUUAAAAAGACUGUGCCACUGGGGUCCCAUUAUAGCUCUUGGUGUUAUAGCAAUAUGUUCCACAAUGGCCAUGAUUGACUCCGUUUUGUGGUAUUGGCCUUUACAUACAACAGGAGGAAGUGUGAAUUUCAUCAUGUUGAUAAAUUGGACUGUCAUGAUUCUUUACAAUUACUUCAAUGCUAUGUUUGUGGGCCCUGGCUAUGUGCCUCUGAAAUGGAAACCGGAGAAAGCUCAGGACAGCAUGUAUCUCCAGUUUUGUAAGGUGUGCCAGGCAUAUAAGGCACCGCGUUCCCAUCACUGCCGAAAGUGUAACAGAUGUGUUAUGAAGAUGGAUCAUCAUUGCCCUUGGAUCAACAAUUGUUGUGGUUACCAAAAUCAUGCAUCUUUUACUUUGUUUCUCCUCUUAGCACCUUUGGGUUGUAUUCAUGCUGCUUUCAUCUUUGUUAUGACCAUGUAUACACAGCUUUAUAAUAGGAUUUCCUUUGGUUGGAAUACAGUAAAGAUUGAUAUGAGUGCAGUUAAGAGAGAUCCCCUUCCUAUUAUACCCUUUGGAUUAUCUGCAUUUGCUGCCUCAUUAUUUGCGCUGGGAUUGGCUGUAGGAACAACUAUAGCAGUUGGUAUGUUGUUUUUUAUCCAGAUGAAAGUAAUUCUUAGAAAUAAAACUUCUAUUGAAUCAUGGAUUGAAGAGAAGGCCAAAGAUAGAAUUCAAUAUUACCAGACAGCUGAAAGCUUUGUUUUUCCCUAUGACAUGGGAAGUAGAUGGCAGAACUUUAAGCAAGUGUUUACAUGGUCUGGAAUUCCUGAAGGAGAUGGAUUAGAAUGGCCAAUAAGAGAAGGAUGUCAUCCAUACAGCCUGACAAUCGAACAACUAAAACAGAAAGCAGAUAAGAGAGUCAGAAGUGUCCGCUAUAAAGUAAUAGAUGAUUACAGUGGUGCUUGCUGCCCUUUCAAUAAAGGUAUCAAAACUUUCUUCACAACUCCAUGUACUGAAGAACCUCGGAUUAGCCUAAAGAAAGGGGAACUGAUUUUAGUUACCAGAGGUUUAAGACAUUGGAUGUAUGGAGACAAAAUUCUUGAUCAUUUGACCACAGAAGAUGGAUCCAGAAUACGAGGAUGGUUCCCUAGGAAAUGUGUGGAAAAGUGUCAUUAUGAUGCUGAAAGUGAUCAAAUAUCUGAGGGAGAAAAGAAAAAUAGAUAGCUGUUGCUUCAGGAAAUGACUUAUCCUUUAUGACCACACCAUUACUUGAAAAUUGUGUGUGUGUGUAUAUAUAUAUACACACUAAAGAAUUAUGCAAUGGGCCUACUCUGGAUAAAGUGUUCUUUUCCUCAAAGGUGCCCUAGUGCCAUGAUUUAAAUAUUUUUAUUACCAUUUUGUAACUGAGAAGCCAUUCUAUAUAUGCCUUUGAAUUCCAACCUGCUCUCAUCACUCCUCCUCUAAAAGGAGGAACACUUCACCCAAGUAAGCAUUAUUGCGUUUUCUAUAGAGUUUAAUUUUUUAAAUUGUGUUGCACACUACGGACCUCACCUACAAAUGUAGUUCUUCCCUCCCAGGAAAAAUCUGCAUGUGACAUAUAUUGCUUUUGCUCCUUCCUCGGUUGCUGUUUCUUAUGAAGUAGUACUUUAGAAAUUGUAGAAUAUAUUUUGUCAGGUUAAUUACAAAACUCAAUUUUGUUAAAUGUCUUUUAAUAAUGCAGAUUUUGUCAAUCACAAAUAAAGACCAAUGAGUGUUCUCUAUAUCCCAUGGA